GCACUUGAUGAUAUAAACAGGCUUUAUUAUGAUGUUACUGGAACUUUUGCCUCAAAAAGAUCAUAUAUAAAAGAUUUUGCGCUUAUCACAUCUUUUGUUGAAGCACCAUCACCUAUUAAUGAUGAAGAUUUUGUGCCAAACUGUGCAAUUUAUGAAACAACCUUAUGA